AUGGGAAUCUUCGGCGCAGCCUCCAUCUCACUGCGACACCCCACCCCCCAAUACUUCCAGCCCAUCAACCCUAUGGCACCCAUCACCCCCAUCACACCCUCGACGACUACAGUCCCACCCGCAGGCCUGUGGCGUGCCCCCAGCGACCCCUCGUCCCCUUCCCCCUCCGCCUCCGCCUCCGCCUCCGCCCCGCUCUCGUCAGACCACGACCACCAUCUCCGGAAGACCACGUCCAUGCUCGGCCUGUCCAAGUCCUUGAAUUGGGGCCGGGGCCGCAAGAACGGCGGCAGCAGCAGCACCGGCAGUGGCGGCAACAACAACGGCAACGGCAGCAGUAGCAGAAGGGCCGAGGAGCGCUACCGGAGGAAGAUCCAGGCCUGGGAGCGCGAGGACCGGAACGAGUGGGAUGCGCCGAGCUCGCGGGGGAUGGGUCGCGGCUUCGGUGGGGGGCCAGGGAGGAGGGCGCACCAGGAGGUGUUGAGGGCGUUUGCGUUUGAGCGAAAGAACCGGCCAUCGAUCGUCAGAGAAAGUGAAAGCGUCUUCUCGGGCAUCUCGCCCUGCUGUAGUCGCAUGAACAGCUUUGAUGAAGAACGGGUCGGCAGUCGGAAUCCCAGUUUGGCGGUUUCGCGCGCGGAGGUUGAGUAG